GACGACCAAACGACACGGUGCACUGCAGAGCAAAGAGAGACCCGUCGCUUUCCCGGCGGCAAAAUGGAUUGCCACCUUCUUCCUCCUCCGCUUCCUGCUUUGAUCCGGUCUCGACCAACGACCUAGCUAAGCGAGGCGAAAACCAGCAGAAGAGCCUCUCCUCUUCUUCGAUCGUCGCAAGAAGAUACUACCAGAGAAGCAGAUCGCAGCGAGAGGAGAAAGAUCAAAGAUGGACGAUAUCAUGAACAAGCUGGGGGGCUACUGGCUCGGGCAGAAGGCCAACAAGGAGAUCUCCUCCGCCGGCGACGACAUCGAGUCGCUGUCGACGAGCGUCGGGGAGGGGGCAAAGUGGCUGGUGAACAAGCUGAAGGGGAAGAUGCAGAAGCCGCUGCAGGAGCUGCUCCGGGAGCACGACCUGCCGGAGGGCUUGUUCCCGCGGGAGGCGACCAACUACGAGUUCUCGCCGGAGACGCGGCGGCUGACGGUGCACAUCCCGGCGGCGUGCGAGGUCGGCUACAGGGACGGCUCCGUGCUGCGGUUCGACGCCACGGUGUGCGGGACGCUGGAGAAGGGGAGGCUGGCGGAGGUGGAGGGGCUCAAGACCAAGGUGCUCGUCUGGGCCAGGGUCACCGCCGUCAGGGCCGACGCCGCCAAGGUGCACUUCACCGCCGGCAUCAGGAAGUCGCGCAGCCGUGACGCCUACGAGGUCGUCAGGGGCGGCAUCAUCGUCGAGGAGUUCUAGCAUCGCGCGUGCGCCGCCAGCCACGAUCGAUCAGAGGAAAUAAUAAUACGUGCUUGUACGAUUAGUGUUCGGGAUGGGUAAUUUACCGCGAAUGACCUUUGUGAUUAUAACUGAUUAUUAGUAAUUAUAAAAGCUGGAUGUCCAUGAUAAAGGGUAGAUACUUGAGAUGCUGUGAAGAACUACUGGUCUACUACUGCAGCCAGUUUUCUUUA